AUUCUGCUCGCCCAAGCUUUGUUUGAUUUUUCUUCGCGUAAAAUACGUUUUCCUUUAACAAAAGUCAGAGCAAUAAAGUAUUGUUCAGAUUUCAGAUGAACGCCAAAUUAUUCAGUUAACUUUUGGCAAAGCAAAAAUAUGAAUUCGUGCAUUUUUCGUAAACCGUAUAAUUGGUGAUUUCAAUUCGAUUUUCUGUGCAGUAGCAGUGGCAAAUUCCAGUGGUGGAGUGUCGACGGCAGCAGCAGAAGCAGCAGCUCAUUGGAACAAGUGGAAGCAGUACGACGAAAGUAAACGAUUUUGGCUGAAAAGCCCAGUUUGGCAAGGCGUGCGCACAUAAAAAUAUCACGAACACGUAAACCUCGUCCAUUGCCUUAUUGAGGUUUUACCUAUUUCUCAUUUUCAUCUUUUGCAACGGAACAUCAACAGCUGUUACACACCGUACCACAUACGGUGAAAAUUGGCUGAGCACGAGAAAACGAAAACAGUACAAGAAAUACAGACAGCAUGAACUCAAAAGCUGACGUCAACCGCCGUGUGCUGGCCAUUCAAGCGAAGAAGAAGCGUCAUAAGAACAACAAAAAACGCGGUAAGCAAAAUGGUGUUGGAGCUGUCAGUCCCCUGCAGGAAAAUCAACAACAUUCAGCCCAGAAGCUGCAGCCGAACGUAUUGAGGACGGGAACGGAAAAUUGCACGACGGCAGCACCAGAAAGUGCUAAUAAUAGCCACAUAGAGGGCGCUAGUAAACACGAAUUGCAUGCUGGCAGCAUCGACGAUGAGAUUGUGAAAGCUGCAUUGUCCUUUAAUAAUGCAACAGCUUCCACGUCGAGCGGUUUGGUCAGCGCACCGGAGUCAGUUGUUAACCACUAUCAGCAAUCGCAGUCCCAAUCGCAAUCGCAAAUUAAAACCAACACCAACAAUAUGCACAAUCAACAGCCUCCUCGAAGCUCAUCUAACGAGUCCGAUGAAUCGGAGUUAAAUAGCGAGAAUGAGGAGCAGGAACUUAAGGAGGACUAUUGUAAGGGCGGCUAUCAUCCCGUUAACAUUGGAGAUUUAUUUCAAGGACGCUACCAUGUCAUCCGCAAAUUGGGUUGGGGUCACUUUUCGACCGUGUGGCUUUGCUGGGAUCUACAGGAGAAGCGUUAUGUAGCCAUCAAGAUUGUAAAGUCAGCGCCACACUUUGCCGAAACGGCUAAAGAUGAGAUCAAGAUACUCAGAACGGUGCGAGAAACGGAUCCAGCGAAUCCGCGUCGGCAGAAGACCGUGCAGAUGUAUGACGACUUCAAGAUAACUGGCGUCAAUGGCACCCAUAUAUGUAUGGUGUUUGAGGUGCUGGGCGAUAACCUGCUGAAGCUUAUACGCAAAUCCAACUAUAGGGGCAUACCGCUAGAAAAUGUCAAGGCGAUAACACGACAGGUGCUCGAGGGCCUGGAUUACUUGCACAGCUGUUGCAAGAUAAUACACACGGACAUCAAGCCAGAGAACGUGUUGCUGUGCGUCGAUGAACCGCACGUCCGUUCCUUAGCCACGGAGGCCACACAACUCUAUUGUAUGAAUUCGAAGAUGUAUCCAUCAUUGGUAAGUCGCGCGCCCAAGGAAUAUCGUGAGCCGCAAAUCACCGGCAAGAUGAGUAAAAACAAGAAAAAGAAACUAAAGAAAAAAGCGAAGAAGCGCAUGGAGUUGUUCAAAAAGCAGCGCGAUUAUUUGGAACAAGCUGGAGAUACGCGUUUACCCGGUGGUGCUGAGGAGUAUGCUGUCGAGGAAGUCGCUGACAAUCACAACGCUUCCCAGAAUGGCGAUGGAGGCUCUGAUUUGGACGAGAGUGGCGAAAGUCCGCUAGCAAAGCAAGUGCAACAGCUGGCCCAGGUGGAUCUGGAUGAUGAUGGAGAGGACGUUUAUGCCGAGGGUGAUGGUGAUGACGAAGAUGCCACUGAGUCACCGCAGAAGGGAUAUUCUCAAAACGCUGGUGGUGGUGCGGCUGAAACUGUAAGCGCCCUGGCGGUCAAUGAGAAAGCUAAAAAGAAGAAGAAAAAGAAGAAUAAGAAUAAGUCCAUCCAGCAACAAUUGCAGUCCAAUACGCAACAGAUCCUUGAGAACUCCACGAGCAGCGGCGACAGCAGCAACGUAGUGAAGCCAACACAACAGAAUUCGAACAGCAGCAGCAACUCAAGCACACUAAAGGGACAAUCCAAUGAUGCCUCCAAAAAGAAGUCGCCGCAGUCCAAGCAGCAGAAGCCAAAUAAACUGCACCAACAAAAACGGCAGGAUCAGCAGUUAAACAACAACGUUGCGAAAUCAAAUUCGAUACAAAACCACUCAAUUCGAAUUAUAAACAAUAAAAUCUCAAGCAAUUCGUUGGAUACGUCCUCAUCGUUAUCGGCGAAUGGCCCCUAUUCGGAACCCAUACUGCCCCCACCUCCACCGCCGCCUAUGAAACAUCGGCCCUUGAAACGGGAUCCGGCUCUGGAAGCCUGCAAUGUGCGUGUGAAAAUAGCCGAUCUGGGCAAUGCCUGCUGGGUGGAUAGACACUUCACUGAAGACAUUCAGACGCGACAAUAUCGUUCGCUUGAGGUCAUUCUCGGCGCUGGUUACGAUACGUCCGCUGAUAUUUGGAGCACGGCCUGCAUGGUCUUCGAACUGGCCACGGGUGACUACCUGUUUGAGCCGCAUUCGGGAGACACGUACUCACGCGACGAGGAUCAUAUCGCGCAUAUUAUCGAGCUGCUGGGACCUAUACCGCGACAGAUCGUAUUUCGUGGCACCUACGCCCAACACACGUUUAACCGCAACGGAGAGUUGCGAAACAUAUCGGGUCUAAAGCCAUGGGGACUGGUAGAUGUGUUGGUUGAAAAGUACGAAUGGUCACAGGUCGAUGCUGAGGCAUUUGCCGCGUUCCUGAAGCCCAUGCUUGAGUUCGAUCCGGCCAAGCGUGCCACGGCUGCGGAAUGUCUGCAGCACAAGUGGCUUAGAUAAGAUACGAUGCAGCCUGGUUGUUGGUUGCGAACCAGCCAACCAGCAGGAGCAGCAGCAGCUUAUGUGCAGUCAUCAGCAUCAGCAACCACAUUGGCUUCCAUAUCUUCCAUAGCCUCCACCUCGGCCGCAGCCAUGGCCGCCUUGCGUGCUCGUCCCUUUCAUAUAUCGCCGUAUAUUUCAACUGCCUCGGCCCCGCCAACUCCACUGCCACCAAGUGCGACAGCGGUAACGGCACGCACCGCACCACCAACGCCUGUUCGACACACAGCUCCACAUAACAUCUCUGUAAGGGAGGCAGAUUUCGAUGACGGGGAUGGUGACGAAGUGGACGAUGACGAUGAUGACGAUAGCGACAGCAGCAGCAACAGCAACAGUCUCAGGGCUGGUGGCGAGGUCGUCAACAUUUUUGGCGGACAUAAACCAAUGGCCGAUAAAACUAAUGACAUUGAUACUGGAGCUGAUGAGGUGGGCGAUGGAGCUCGCAUAGCCAAAUCAAAAUCUCAGCGUUUCUUUUGGCGCAGGGCGUUGCGUCGUGUGUUCCAGCGUCGCAAGUGACGUCAGCUGCGGCGUCGCCGGCAAGACCUGCCUCGUUGGCGACCGCGUCGCUGCCGGCGACGCACCUUGACCGAACGCUUUAGUCGCGUAUGCGGCUGUUGCAGUUACGGCCAAGUGCUGCUGAAAGCCGCAAGCGUUGCACUGUUAAGUUGCAUUCGUUGGCGCACACGAGGCAAUAUACAGAACAACAACUUUUGCUUUAGCUCCCACUAAAAAAAGAGCUCUAUUGUCCAGAAUGCUGCAUUUUAAGACGCGUGUUGCUCCGUCGUUCAACCUGAAAUAAAAAUACGAACAUCGCUCUGCACACACACACACACACAACUAUAUAUAUAUACACCAAUUGGAUCAUACCUUAUUUAUAUGUAACUAAAAUCGAAUUAGUCUAAUAAUGAGCUCCAUAAGUUAUUAUUUGUGUUUUACACUGAUUAGACAAUUAUUGCUUUUUGCCACCUAUGAAAUUAUAAUUUAAUAUUGAAUGAUGUAUACCACCUAUUUUCCAAUGUACUGUUAUUUACGGCUUACUUAUGCACCAACAUUCAGAUAUAUAUAUAUAUACACACAUAUCUGUUUUUAAAACAGAUUAGCAAACAAACUAAAUUAUAUAUAUAGAAAUUCUACUAAAUUAAUCGAAAACAAAAACUGGCGAAUUCCGGUUAUUAAAACAGAAAAUUUCACGCAUUUAAUCACAAGUGCAGCAUGUUUCGAAUUCCAAUUGGAGAGAACUAAAUAUGUUCAUUAACAACUUAAACUUUGCCUUGAAAAUAUGUGUAAGAUUAUAAAACUUAAUGAAACUAAUGCAAUAAAUGAGGCGUUAGUUGAAGCGGAGUCCGGAACAUGAACGAUAAUCUUUUUAAUUAUCCGAACUGGUGAUCUAAAAUGUAUAAUGGGAAACGGCAACCCUUUCUUAUAUUGCCUAUUAUCAUAUGCCUCGAUCUCCGUCUGUCUUCUGCCAGUUCUAGAGAUGUCGAGCGGAAGCUUUCUGUAUAAUAGAGAACCUAAACACCACACUGGAGUUGAAAAAAUCAUUUAAACAAAUGUUUGUUCAUGAAGACAAAUUAAAAGAUACGAUUCAGACUCAGAUCGGACCACUUAUAUAAUAAGCAUAUAAUUUGUUUUCGAUAUAUUUUGUUGCUGUGUACGAUCUCAAGAAAGUUCGCAAAUACUGCUGGCCUUGUCAUUUGUCAGUUAACAAAACCACAGGGAUUCAAUUUUUUUCUUUUAAAUAAUUAUCAGUUGCUGGAAACCUGCCAAAUAACGUCUAAAUCAAGAGUAUAGUGGAACCAUUAACAAAUGUUCAACAACAGAUUUUUAAUAUAGUAACAUCAGUGAAUAAAUGCACUUCCGCGUGUGUGUGUGUUGUGCAUUGUAAUUUAGAAAAAAGCUGCACACAGCAAGUUAAAUAAUAAUAAACUAACAUAUAGUUAAAUAUCCAACAGUCAUGCCAUAUUGAUUAGUUAAGAGCAACAACAGCAACACAAGCUUAUGGCUGACUGUCCAAACCAGUGGUUUUCUAAACAUAUGUAAUUGUAAAUGAAAUGCAUAAUUGAGCUGAACAUAACAA